AUGAAAAAUGACGAGGACUAUCGCGCCAUGAUGAUCAAAUUCGAUGACGCUAUCGCAGAUUGCAAUACGGCCGAUCGUGAUUCAGCCGAUCUGGACCCUCGAGGCGCGGCAAUUGUGCAAUUCCUUCUCUGCAGUUUCAAAUUGCCAAUGAUGCAGAAGCAACAAGCGAUCAUUGAGGACAUGGCCACUUUCCUGUCUACGCACAAGCUACAUCAAGCAGGAGACGGGUGCGGCGAGGACGCCGCUGAUUUUCAAAAAGGGGGCACUGUUACGGAUCCUCUUGACCUGUGGAAGGAAAGUUUCGAGUAG